GAUUUCGAGGCGACCGCUCUAGGACUACGCUCCCGUCCUGUGUUAAGCCGCCAUCUUGGCGUGGGGCGGAAGUGACGCAUCCAAAGGCGCUGGCGGCCCGCCUGCGCCUGUGCGGGAAGGAGCGAGACCGCGAGGGAUCCUGGGUGACGCGGAGGUGCUGCGGGCGGAAGUUCCUCGGGAGGAGGAGCUUUAGCGGAACGUGAGUCGGGGGCAGGGGGUGUGGGCAGAAAAAGAGGGGCAGGUGGGUGGGGGCACCAAGGGGCGAGGAGAGGGCGCCAUGGGUGCUGAAUGGGGGAGGGGGCUUGUGUGGGGAGGGGGCUCCAGGGGUGCCUGGGGGAUCCAUUGGAGGAGGUGGGGGAGAAAGGGGAGCUGGGGGGGGAGGGACCCUGGGGGGUGGCUGCCCCCUUCCCCCGUCUCCACACACCCAGAUGGGGAGGGGGCCAGAAGAUGCCCCUGGGAGUUGGGGCGGCCCCUGGGGUGACCCAUAGGCAGAGGGCAUCUUCACCAUGCAGAACUCCCCCCCCCCCGGGUUCAGUGCUCCCACACGGGCUUUUGUUUUGAGGAUAGAGACCCCCCUCCCCGCCCAGGAGCUGGUGGCGAGGGGCUGCUCCAAACUGGAGCCCUGAGCGGGAGGUAAGCAGAGCCCUUUGACAGCUGGAUCUGCCCUGUGUUUUCUCCUAGCUCCCGGGGGCUCUUGGCUUUUCUACCAGCAAAGCUGCACUGGCAGUUACUUGCUUUUUCUGCAGAGAGUGCCACCCGCACCCCUGCUCCUGAGCCAAGUGAGAGGAGGAGGCGAUGGCUGAAGCCCUGCAGAAGAAGCUCCAGGGAGAGCUGGAGAAAUACCAGCAGCUGCAGAAAGGUAAAUUCCACCACCACCUCGCAUUAUACACACACACAGAGCUAUUCAUAAGAAAGUAUCAGAGCGCCUUAAAAUAGCUGUACAUGAAACAGUUCUAAAAGUUGAAAUCAGACAGCAGAAAAGCUCUCGCCAGGUCUUUGAAAGCUGGCCGAACUCCAGUGGCAGGGAGUCCCGCAGGACGGGGCGAAUAACUCAAAAGGCUCGGAUUCUCCUUGUUGCCAAAUGGGCCUCACCAACUUGGGGAAUGAACAGCGACACUCCUGCAGGUGACCUGAGUGGGAAAUUGGGGUUCAGGCGGUCCCUGAAGCACCCUGGACCCAAGUUGCCCAGGGCUUUGUAAAUUAAUGCAAGGACAUAAUUAUUAUUGUUAUUUAUUAAAUAAUUUUUAUUAUUUAUUUAUUAUUUUAUUAAAUAAUUUAUUAAAAACAAGACAGCACUAAAUAUUAAAAACUUCCCUAAACAGGGCUGUCUUCAGAUAUCUUUUAAAAAUAAGAUAGCUGCUAAUUUCCUUCACAUCUGAAGGGAGGGCGUUCCACAGGGCGGGUGCCACCACCGAGGAGGCCCUCUGCCUGGUUCGCUGUAACCUCACUUCUUGCAAUGAGGGAACUGCCAGAAGGCCCCUGAACCUGGCUCAGGAAGUGAGUCAGAAGACCACCUCAGAAUCCCAUUUCCCUGCUCCAGAACGUUAUAGCAGCAUCUCUCAGUUCUGGGCUUGCGUUUAAAAUGUGGGAGUCUCCCCCCCCCCCCCAUUUCUUAUAUGUGCUGUCUAGACACCUGUCACGCCUCGACCUCCCACCAAGAAGUAGCUGGGCCCACUUAAAAGUUAAGUUCUUGGAAGUUUUGAAGCACAAGUUGGGCGGCCAUCUCUCAUGGAUGCUUUAGUUGAGAUUCCUGCAUUGCAGGGGGUUGGACUAGAUGACCCUCGGGGUCCCUUCCAAUACUAUGCUUUUGGGUUGGAUUUCAUUCAUUCCUGUGGACUGCCGGUCUAUGUUGUGUUGGUUCUAAUAUUUUUCCAUGUGUGUUCUACACUUUUAACUGUGUGGAUUUCCUUUUUUUGUUUGUUUUACUGGGGGGAACUCUUCCUCGUCCCCACUAAUAGUAAUAGUAAUAAUAAUAAUAAUAAUAAUAAUAAUAAUAAUAAUUUUAUAAGCUUUUACAAAGUACAGAAAAAAGGAAAAAAUAACCAAAAAUUUAAAACACAAAUGAUAUUCCAUAUUUCUCUUAUUAUGACUCCCUUCCCCCUCUUCUUGGGUUCCUUAUAUUUUAUAUUAUUUCCUGCAUUUCCCAAUUAAGUUAACUUGUUAUUUACAAUCUCUUCUACAUACAUAAGUGUGUGUGUGUGUGUGUGUGUGUGUAAAAUGUAUACUGCACGUUAUUUAUAUUAAACCUGCUAGCGUCUUUAUUUGUUUAGAGUAAUUUUGCUUUGUUUAGAGUUUAUUUGUUUAUUUCCAUUCUUUCUUACGAACUUGAUCUUCUUGAUUCUUCUUAUUAUUUCGGUGAGCGUUGCCCGUUCUGCAUAGUCCAUCAAUUUCUGUGCCCUUUCUUCCUCCCCGCUUCCAGAUAUCAGCAAGUGCAUGACGGCCCGGCAGAAACUGGAGGCUCAGCUGACCGAGAACAACGUGGUGAAGGAGGUGAGCCCCCGCCCUCCCCCCGCCUUUGCAGAAACUGCCGCUUUGAGCCGCCUCCCUCCCUGCUGACCUUUCCUUCCUCUGCAGGAGCUGGACCUGUUGGAUUCGUCCAACACCGUCUACAAGCUGAUUGGGCCUGUCUUGGUGAAGCAGGACACAGAUGAGGCCAAAGCCACGGUCGCGAAACGGCUGGACUACAUCGCAGGGGAGAUGUGAGUGCCGCCUCCAUCCCGCGGGGAGGCUCUGCUACUGCGGUUUUUCGUAUAUAUAUAUAUAUAUAUAUAUAUACACCCACCCACCCCCACCCACAGUCAUACCUUGGGUUGAAGUUGCUUCAGGUUGAGCACUUUCGGGUUACAUUCCGCAGCGACCUGGAAGUAACGUGUUCUGCUACUUCCGGGUUUCACCACUCACGCAUGCGCAGACGCUCAAAAUAACGUCCUGCGCAUAAGAGAAUAGGGGAAAUUGUGUGCGCUUGAAAACAUGGGCAGCAUUAAGAUAAAUUCAACAGUGUGCAAUAAUGGAAAACUGAAUUGUUUAGUUUAUGUAAAAUGUGCAGGGAUUUGUGCUAUGCAAAAUGAACCAUGCAAAGAGAAGUAGGGAAGUCACUGAUAUUUUAAGGUUGUUUAAAUGAAUAUUCUAAAUUGUUAAACAGAAAAUUUAUGUGUGUGUGUGUGUGUGUGUGUGUGUGUAUAUAUAUAUAUAUAUAUGAAUGAGAAUACAGUGGACACGAAGGUUGCAAACGUGAUCUGUGCAGGAUGCACGUUUGCAACCUGCAGCGUUCGUAACCCGCAGUGGUGCAUCUGCGCAUGCAUGGGUUGCGAUUCGGCGCUUCUGUGCAUGCACAAAGUGCGAUUUAUAUAUCCUCCAUAACCUGAAAAAACGCAGCCUGAAACGUCUGUAACCUGAGGUAUGACUAUGUAAAAACAUUUUAAAAGUGGAAGAAAACAGCAAUAACAAACAAAAUGGCCAUGAAAUAUAAUCAAGGCUACAAAACUAUGUAAAGUAUAUGUGAAUCCAUGGGUUGCUAUGACUCACUUGCUGUUUGUGAUGAGGACUUAAGCAGCUGUGAUUCCUGCAUUGCGGGGGGCUGGACUAGAUGACCCUGGGGGACCCCAUUGCAAUUCUAUAGCAUCUGUGGGACCUUCAGGUUCAGAGACAGGCUGCCGUGGACUUACCUUUGCAAGCGGGGGGGGGGGCGUGCCAGGGUUCCACAGGCAGCAGUUGUGGCCACUAAUUGAGGUGGUUUGUACAGACAUUUUAAUGUAUUUUUAAUCUUUGUGGGAAGUCGCCCAGAGUGGCUGGGGAAACGCAGCCAGAUGGGUGGGGUAUAAAUAAUAAAUUAUUAUUAUUACAGUGGUACCUCUGGUUACAUACUUAAUUCGUUCUGGAGGUCCGUUCUUUACCUGAAACUGUUCUUAACCUGAAGCACCACUUUAGCUAAUGGGGCCUCCUGCUGCCACCAUGCCACGGCUGCACGAUUUCUGUUCUUAUCCUGAAGCAAAGUUCUUAACCCGAGGUAGUAUUUCUGGGUUAGCGGAGUUUGUAACCUGAAGCGUAUGUAACCCGAGGUACCACUGUAUAACCAAUUAAAAACUAAAAAUAAGACAAAAGGACAGCUGGCUAGCCGCCUCGGGGAGGAGGAGGAGACUGACGUUGACUACGAGCUGUCCUUUUAUCUUUUUUUAGUUUUUAAUUGGUUAUACAGUGGUCCGUGUUCCAGCUCUGCUGUCAGAGGGGUCACUUCUCUGAACACGUGUUGCUGGGGAUCCCCGAACUGUAGUGUUGGGAGGGCUCUCCGGGUGUCAUCUAGCCGAACCCCCUUGCAGUGCGGGGCUUGCAGCGUUCUCAGCCUCCCCGGGGCUUGUGAAGCCACAUGCGCUGACGCCGCCGCCACUGUGUCCUCUCGUUUCAGCAAGCGCUACGAGGGUCAGAUGCAGGAUUACGAGAAGAAGUCGGACCAGCAGCGGGAGACGCUGGCGCGGCUGCAGCAGGAGUUCCAGAAGGCCCAGGCCAAGGGGGCCGUCAAGGCCUGAGGGGAGUUGGGGGGCCGUUCCUGGACUGUGGGGGGAGGGAUGGGGACACCGUUGCGAGGC